CACACACACACACACACACACACACGCACACACACACACACACACACACAAGCGCGCGCGCGGUAAAACAAAACGUUUUAUUUUUAACAUGGAGAGGAAAGUAGCUCGAGAAUUUCGCCAUAAGGUUGAGUUGCUGAUUGAUAAUGAGGCAGAAAAGGAUUACCUGUAUGAUGUUCUGCGCAUGUAUCAUAAGUCUAUGGAUCUGCCUGUCCUGGUGGGUGACUUGAAGCUGGUGAUUAAUGAUCCAAACCGUCUUCCUCUGUUUGAUGCGAUCCGGCCUCUAAUUCCUCUCAAACACCAGGUGGAGUAUGACAACCUUACCCCAAAGAGAUCCAGGAAGCUGAAGGAAGUGCGUUUGGAUCGCAAUCACCCUGAAGGCCUGGGCCUGAGUGUACGAGGUGGACUUGAGUUUGGCAGUGGGCUCUUCAUCUCACAGAUUGUAAAGGAUGGACAGGCUGGAAAUGUGGGCCUACAGGUGGGAGAUGAGAUUGUGCGCAUCAAUGGCUAUUCAAUUUCCUCAUGCAUCCAUGAAGAGAUUAUCAGCCUUAUCAAGACUAAGAAGACUGUUUCGCUUAAAGUCAGACAUGUGGGAAUGAUUCCAGUAAAGAGGUCCCCUGAUGAACCUCUGAAGUGGCAGUUUGUGGACCAGUUUGUGUCUGAAUCAGGAGAGAAGAAGAGCAGUGUUGCUGGCCUGGCCUCCUUUGGAGGUAAAGAGAUCACAGAGAAAAAAGUGUUCCUUAGCCUGGUUGGCACUAAAGGCAUGGGCAUCAGUAUCUCGAGUGGACCAACUCAAAAACCAGGGAUCUAUAUCAGCAAUGUAAAGCCUGGCUCUCUGUCUGCAGAAGUGGGCCUGCAGAUUGGGGACCAGAUUGUCGAGGUCAACGGCGUGGAGUUCUCUAAUGUGGACCACAAGGAGGCUGUUCGAGUGUUGAAGAGCAGUAGGAGUCUAACAAUUACGGUCCUCACUGGAGCUGGUAGAGAGUUGUUCAUGACAGAUGAGGAGAAACUGGCAGUAGAAGCUCGGCGAGAGAUUGAGCGGCAGGAGCUCAUGCAACAGAAGAAAGUGGCAGUGGAGACCAACAAAAUCAUUAAAGAGCAACAGGAAAAAGAGCGAAUGAGAAAGAUGGAGAUUGAACAGAAGGCUGCAGAGGAAGAGGAAAGAUACAGAAAGGAGAUGGAAAAGAUAGAGGCUGAAGAGAGAAAGCAGAAUAGGCAAUGGGAGGAAGACUGGGGUUCCAGAGAGAGGUCUAAAAGUCCAUCUCCUGUUCCUCCUUCACCUCCAUCGCGUUCUCCACCUCCAUCGAAACCUAGGAGCUCAGUUGCAGAAGCUGACAGUGAUGAAGAAGAAGAAAAAGAGGACAGAGAAGGCUUCCAGAAAUAUGUGGACGACUUCGAUCCCUAUUCAAUGUUUACCCCCGAGCAGAUAGAAGGAAAAGAUGUGCGGCUGCUGAGAAUUAAGAAGGAGGGCCCACUGGACCUCGUUGUGGAAGGGGGGAUAGACUCUCCACUGGGAAAACUUGUGGUUUCAGCCAUUUAUGAAGGCGGCUCAGCUGAUAAGCAUGGUGGCGUGGUGGCCGGUGAUGAAAUCAUGGCAGUAAAUGGAAAAAUCCUGACAGAUGUCACUCUGACUGAAGGGCAGAACUCUCUGGCUCGGGCCUGGAACAGUGGAGGGGACUGGAUUGACCUUGUGAUAGCAGUUUCUCCACCAAAGGAAUAUGAAGAUGAAGUCCCUAAAGCAGCAUCAGUCAGUUCUACUGCAAACAGAAAGGUUUUCCAGGGCAGUGCCUCUGUGUACAGGCAGGGCUAUGUGCUACAGAUGAAAACACCUCACACCACACCCUGAUCACCUACACAAUCCUGGGUAACCCCUUUAACCCAGUUUCAUAGUGAGCGUAUGCAUCAUGUACAUGUGACGGUCUCUCAGACAGUCAAGAACACCACGCGUACCGUCCAUGUAAUUUUUUAGCUCUGUAUUUCAUGAUCUGUUAAUAAAGCACAAAUGGUUAAUGAGGCAUUCAGACAGUGACGUGCAUCGUAAGAUGUGUAUGCACACCUAAAAGAUCUGCUCACAUUUAUUCUACAGAAUAAAUGAUGGACCUGAAUGGUUCUGUGUCCCAGCCAGAACCUUUGGCAGUCUUUCUGAAUGAUGUUGUUCAAAGGGACUGUUACAUGUCAUGACUCAUACAGAAACUUUGGUGUCGGUUUGAUCUCAACCCUCAAAGCAGCAUGUUGCUAUUUUCUACUUUCAAAACUAGAAAACAAGAAUUUCAAAAGAAUUUAGAUUUUACAUCUGAAAAUGUAGUUUAGAAUGAAUAGCUACUGGAAAUUAAGAAUAUCAGCUGAAAUGUAAUGUAUGAAGAUUCAUUUCAUUUAGCAACAUGCUUCGCUGCUGAAGUGUUUCUAUCCCUGAAUCCUCUUUGAUGCCUGUGUUUUCAGAAGUCUAUAUUUUAUUCACUGUUCUCUAAACGUGUGACAGAGUGAAAAUAUCCUCCUUGUUUGUAACACGUU